GGCUCCUGUUGCUUACACGUGAGAACGCACUUUAGCUGCCAGCUGGCGCGGCGACCGGUGGGAUGUGAGCUCGGUGGGACGCAUAUCAAGUAAGGCGAACAGCAGUGGCUUCUGGCAGUGAUCAGCUGAAACCCGACACGUGCUUGCUUGGAUCCGUUAGCUUAGCAGGAAACCGGGUUGCGUGGGGGUGUUUGCGUGUGUAGCGCUCGGAAAAGACUGAACUUGACAAGGUGAACAAUAUGAAGAUUGCAGCUCCUGGUGAUUUAGAAGUGUGGUGAUUUCUCCCAAAACGACAGCCUAUACCUGUUUCUCAUGGUGAUUGUCUAUGAGAUGACGCGCCGUGCAGCUGAGUUCUUCAAAGUAGUUAGACUCAUCUGAAGGCGUACGAAGGUUUUGUGAAAGCCCUGGAAGUGGCUUAUUGACUGAGGACGCACGCCAUCGAUAGCGCGUGACGGAAGUGCCGAGGAAGGGCUGAGUAAUAUACGGAAUAGAAGAAAGCCUGUCACAAGGAAGUGCUUUGGCGAGGUGGUGAUCCUGCAGACACGUGUUGUUUACAUGCUGUAGAGGCUACAAGCGACGGUCGCACAAAAUUUCGCAUUAUUAGGCUUUUUCAUAUCACCUUCCUCGUUAUCUCAAGAGUCCAAGCAGUAAAAGAGGUCGCAGGAGUGCCUUUGAAUACAGUCAAGUCGACGCAUAAGCAUAGCUUCCCUGGCAAGCGCUCUACUCUGACAGCUCCGACUCUUUGAGAUGCGGCCGAUACCACGUCAUAUCUAUGACCGAUGCUGGGACACCUAAACACACUCAAUGUUCUCAUGAUGUGCUUUGCCAUCUCUAGGAAUCACCAUAGGUGAUGUACUGUUUUUAUAGCUUUGACAGUUACGUAUUACUGUAUGCUCUACGGCAGGAAGUUCAGGACAUUUCGUGGCUAGGCAACGACACUACGGUGACAUCGACCCUCUGGAAGCGUCGCGGAUUCGACAGAUGCUGAAUGGACGAGGUGGAAGCACUGGAGACGUCAUUUCCAUUCUGAACCGAGCUUCUCCUUUGCUAUGUGGCAACCUUGACCUUGUUGUGCGCGAAGAUACGUCGCUGUAAGAAACUCCCGCGCAUAGUCGGAGUCGGUGUAUUUGCGUCAAUCUAGAGCCCCGAGUUUCAAGACGAAUGCCAAAAUGAGGCAUCGCGAAUCCUCCUGGAACAGACGGCAUCAAGGUCCCGAUGGACCUUGGGCUUGGCUCGUGGCCUCGGCUGCGGCCUGGAAUCUCUUCUGGCUCAGUCUAGUGCGUCGUUCCGGGGGUGUAUUGUUUGUCGCCCUGGUGUCAACAUUCGGCGAGAGCAGAGAGAGGACAAGUUGGGUCAUCAGCCUCAACAUGAGCCUCGCCAUGCUCUUAGGUCCUCUGUGGGGCCUGCUGACCAAGGUCCUGUCACUGCGGACCCAGACCUUGUUGGGCUGCCUGAUCGUCGGCGUGAGCAGCGUACUGUGCUACUUCGCGCGCAGCCUCACCGCUGUGAUCGUCUUGCAAGGCAUCUGUGCGGGAAUAGGCCAGGGAAUCGUGAUGCCGACCAAGGACUUGCUCAUAGGCUACCAUUUCCGGAAGUACCGUGGUUCGGCCAACGGCAUCUACUUCAUCGGUGGUACCUUGGCGGCCUUCGUCUACCCCAUGAUCCUGCUGUUGCUCGUCCAGGAGUACAACCUAGGCGGUGCGCUGCUCAUCACCGGCGCCCUUCAGCUCCACGCCCUGGCUGGGUCCCUGUUCUACAGAAAGCCACCUUGGGCCCAAGCGCAGAAUGAAACCGAAGCCAGGAGAAACAGCGCAGGAUUGAAGGCCCGGGGAGACGACGGAAAAUACGUCACGGGCCGCCAAGUCUUCAAGACGCAAGAAGCAGCACGCGCUGCCGACAAGGACCACGUCUCGAAGUCCAUCGAUGGACCGUGCUCGAGAAAGCUACCCGAGAGGAAGGGUGACGUCACGGAUGCUGCCGACGUCCUGCGUAACGGUGCCGAACACGGCAACCAGGAAAGCAACGGUUCUUGCGCCUCCGCGAGUGGAGUGGUUGCUUUGCUGAGCAACGAGACCGGAGUUGCCAUCGAAGACGAGGUCACCGCAACCUCUGUCGACCGGAAGUUCAAAGACCACAAGAACAGGCAGACCAAGUCAGCUGGGGCUGGCCACUUCGGCUUCCUGAAGUACCCGGUCUUCUACAUGGUCCUAGUGACGUGCUCUUUUAGUGCCUUCUCGAUGCUGCCGUUCACGAUACUCGUAGAUUACGUCAAGGACACAAACUUCAGUGCCCAGGACGGUGCCAUCUUGCUGUCGGUGAGGGCCAUCGGCGACGCCAUCUCACGCCCGAUGUCGGGUGUGCUCUCCGACAGGCGCCUGGUCGACCGGCGGACGCUCAUGUGCGCUAGCAAGCUCACCGUGGCCCUCUCGUGCGCGCUGCUGCCGCUGGCGGUGCAGUCGUACCCAGCGCUGCUUGUACUGUGCGUGCUCCUCGGGUGGAGUACCGGUACAUCAAUCGUGCUCUUCGUGCCCAUCAUGGCCGACAGGGUUGGAGUGGCUAGUCUUGGACUGUCCAUGGGGUUCUGCAGGUUCGCCAUGGGUAUAGGUCACCUGACAUGCCCGCUUAUUAUCGGGUACUUCAAGGACCAGCUGGGCUCUUACGAGGGACUGUUCUACCUCAGCAGCAUCAUCAACUUCAUGGUGGGCUCGCUGUGGCUCGUCGACGCCCUUCGCAUGGUCGUCACCCGGAGGAGGCGAAGGAGGGCCUCGGCUGCUGUUCGAUGGGACGCCGUGCCGACAAGCGACGAACAGCCUCCUGCAGCAGUUCCUUCGUGACAGGCUGUGAACCAGUUGCCUCACCUUAAUUUCUUGCAAUGACCGCAAGGGACAUUUUGGUGAAGCAAGUAACGUGAAGGUGGGGCCCACCGUGGGGACCCAUAGUUUCCGAAAUGCCAUGGACCAGUCCUUACUGUGCCUCAGUGAUGCACAUGUAGCGGUGCCUGUCUCCUAAAUUAUGUAGUAUGUCUUAAGGCGAACGUUUUAACGCUUCAACAAACGCGAAAUGUGUUCUUCAGCGGCGUUAGCAUGAGUGAUGCAAGAAAUAAUCAUGUGAUAACGGCAACCUGUCACGUCUGGUGACGUCUCAGGUCACCAAUAUGUGUGACGUCAUACGUCCCUCCUCGCCGCAGAGCAUGGCGUCACAUUAAUACGUCACAACAUCGUCACACGUUGACAGGUGGACCAAUCACAGAGGCGCUACAAAACCACCUGAGGUGUACAAAGCUCCCGAUUCCUCCAAUCCCGGAGGCAUUGCAAGGCCACGUUGGGCGUGGAGAGCUUCGGCGUGGCAUCAAUGCAAUCAUCUAAGAUGAAAAAAAGACGCCUUCUGGUAGUGUAAGAGAAAUGCACAUGGGACGGUGCGACUUUCUUUGGAGGAAGGACAGAGAUUAAAAAGAUGAUACAAAAAACUGC